AUGGCGAUGCUGAACGUGAGCGCGCUUCUCACGGGCUACGACACAGUGGGGGACCACACCGAGUUCCUCGUCGAGAUCUCGUGCAAUGGCGGCUUGUGGCGCAUCUCGCGUCGCUUUAGUGACUUUGAUCAGCUGCACGCGCGUCUCGUGCGGCGCUUUGGCGACCUCAUUGAGGCGUCGCUGCCUGAGAAGCAGUGGUUUGGACGGUUCGACCCAAACUUUUUGAUAAAACGUCAAGCAAGUCUGCAGGAGUAUGUGGAUAAAUUGUUGCAGGUGCCUGGUAUUCUGGACGAUGCGUCCCUGCAGCACUUUUUGGAGUUGGAGAAGCACCUGGAGUUGCAUAAUGAGUCGGGUAUGGGUGGAGUCGGUAGUAAUGGUCGAUCCAGUGGCAUAUGGUCUGGAAAGGGUGUGCUUAGUGAGAAUGACCGGUUGAGCGGUAUAGUCGAGAGCGCGGCGCAAGCCUUUAUCGACAUCAGCGAGGUGCCCGAGCCACUCGAAGCUGAACAAGCUGUCCAGCGAAAAAACGAGAUCGUAGCGGCUUCGCAGAACGUUUUGAACGAGAAGAAAUUGGGGGAGCAGUUUACUGCGCACCUUACAACCCUCCGUCUCCCGCGUGUCCAAGGGCAAGCAUCUGACGAAGAGCUGCUUUUACGCCUAGAUGGCGGUAACGAGGACGGCUUUUCGUACGAGCAGGAGCACUAUUUUCUAGUGGGCAUGUUGAAAGACGCCGAAGCGUCGCUUCGUAUGGUUAUCAUGCCGCCAUCUGUCGACCUAAUCGCUGUUAUGACUGUAUCAACUGCACCGGAGGCAUGCGCCAUCAGGUCCAGCCAAUCUCUGCCGAACGGAAAUGGUGCUCCUGAAGCUGGAUCGCUGGAUGAUCGAAGCAGCGUUGGCAACGGGUCUUUUAACAGUUGA